AUGCAUUCAACCCCUUAUCUCCCUGCCUCUAUCGAUGGACAGCAGCAGCAGCAGCAGCAACAGCAACAGCAACACAAGCAGCUAAGACCUUCACUACGUGGGUGCCCUGUCUGCUGGCCGUACUGCCCGAUAGACGGGGACUUCAGCGAUAGGCUGCAGCCUCCUGUUGAACACACGACGAAGUUUGAUUGGCCGUAUGCAGCAGCAGCAAAGAGAAGUGUGCAGCUCGCAAGGGCUCUUGCAAGCACUGUAUCUUCUUUUGCUGCUCCGGUACAACUGAUGACUAAUGCUGCUGCUCAUGAUGCUGCUGAUACUGCUCCUCUUGCUCCUGCUGCUGCUGCUGCUGCUGCUGCUCCCCCUGGAGGUGCAGGGGUUGCUGCAGGAGCCGCCAUAGCAAGAAGCAUCAGCAGCAGCAGCAGCAGCAGCAGCAGUAAUGGAUUGCUGCAGCAAGUACCCAUUCGCUCACCGUGCAUCUGGCCGGUGCCGGUGCAGCUGCCGCUGAGGCCUAGAACAGCAGCAGCAGCAGCAGCAGCAAAGCUGCUCAGCAACCCCAAACAAAGCAACAACACGCAACAAAUCCACACACACACCCAGCAGCCACACAGCGAACAGCUGCAGCAACAGCAGCAGCAGCAGCAGCAGCUAUGGAGGCGGCAGCGAGUUGAGUGCAGCCGGCAUCACGAAUUGUCUCCUUCUGUCUUCAUUUCUACUUACCGCAGCAGCUCUGCUUGCUGCUGCCCCACACUUUGGGUGUCUGAAGAUAUCCUUAAAGAAGCAGAAGAUAUAGUCGAUCUCUACUUCAAUCCUACAACUACAACUCCUGCAGCAGCAGCAGCAGCAGCAGCAGCAACUCAAGCAGCAACUGCAGCAGCAGCUGCAGCAGCAACUGCAGCAACAGCAAUACCAACAGAAAGAACAAUACCAGCGGAAGCAGCAACAACAAUGCAAACAGCUGCACAAGCAGCAGAAGCAGCAGAACCAGCAGCACCAGCAGCGACUGCAGCAAAAGCAGCAACAGCAACAACAGCAACAGCAACAGCAAGAGCAACAACCGAAACGGAAACAGCAGCAACAGGAGCAACAGCAGCAACAACAGCAGCAGCAGCAACAGGAGCAACAACAGCAGCAGCAGCAACAGGAGCAACAACAGCAGCAGCAGCAACGGCAGCAGCACGCUCACCCGGCUCAACACUUCUUACGGGGGGUCAACGGACUUCUUUCAAUUCCCCUUUGCCUCUCCCAAACGUGGGUUCGAGCAGCAGCAGCAGCAGCAGCAGCAACUGCAACAGUAGCAGCAGCAGCAACUGCAGCAGCAGUAGCGGGAGCAGCACGGAGGAGGGUAUGCGUUUCUUUUUCUCGGGUUGCGGCAGCAGCACAUCGUCUGGGAAGCAGCAGCAGCGGGGUUUGCUGCUGAAAGGAGACCAGGAGACACCAAUGGAGAUCGUAGAAGUAAAUGAUGUUGAGUCUUUUGUUGGCUGCGACUACGACGAACCCCCUGCUGCUGCUGCUGCUGCUGCUGCUGCUGGUGCGGGGGGUCCUUACGGCAUCUCUACGCCGCGCCUUUCUUCUUCAGGCUGUGGACCAGCAUCAUCAUCAGCAGCAGCAGCAGCUCGAGCAGCAGCAGCAGCAACAACAAACAAGCUUGCUGCUUUGCAUGUAGAUAAUGAAGAUAUAAGUUUUCUUCGCAGCAGCAAAUAUGCUGCUGUUGCGCGUCGUAUAUUGGCUAUUAUUGGGAGCAAGAGAUUCGGUCAGAAUAAUAUUCCCUGGGAACACUUAUACGAUCCCGAUCCCGAAACCCCACACGAUCCCGAUCCCGAUCCCCGACACGAUCCCGGAACCCCACACGAUCCCGAUCCCGAUCCCCGUCCAGGUGCUGCCGCUGCUGCUGCUGCUGCUGCUGCUGCUGGUGCUUCACAAGCUCGUCGCGUGCGUUUUGACCCCACAGGAGACAGCAGCGGGUCCCCUUCGCAGCAGCAACAGCAGCAACAGCAGCAGGAUCAGCAGCAUGUGUCGAGCAACGGACGAGGCUCCUCUGCUUUGAAGUCUUGCCUCAGCAGCAGCAGCAGAACCAACACCAACAGCAGCAACAGCAGCAGCAGCAGCAACAGCAAACGACGUCGGUGCGAGAAGAUAAUUGUUGCUGCUUCUUUUUGGGAGUCUCUCUUUCUUCUAGGGCAGUUCUUAGAGAGACAUAAUAUUCGCUGCGGGUACUUCACUGAGCGCACAGAAAGAAAGACAGCAGUUGAUGCUUUACGUAGUUUCGCAGAAGGAGAAGAGACAAAAGUGUUGCUGCUGUCUUCUGCUGUUGGAGCCUUAGGCCUCGAUUUAAGCUGCGCAUCGCAUGUGCUGCUGCUCGAUCCCCCCACCGAUCCCAACUUAGAACAGCAAGUGAGAGCAAAGUGUCUCCUUUGA